ACUUCAUCUAGUCACUUCUGUAACAUCUUCAUUGAGGAGCUCUGAACUGGGCAUUCUGAGAACGCUCAACAAAUGGCGGAUCGGUUCUUCCCAAAUGUGUUGCCCGACUUCGUACCAGAGGCGUCACAAGAGCAACAGGAUGCAGUGUCUGUCAGUGCCCAGGAUUCACUCACCAAGCUCCUCGCCAUGCCUUACGCGCCUCUUUCCGAGCGAUUCAAACGCGCCGCUUUAGACGUCAAAGAAACCAUAGCUGUCGAGACUUGGGGUCUGCCCAGGCAAGACGUUCGGGACUUUACCCUCUAUUGCGGGGUUCUUGGCACAGCUUUUCUGCUCUACAAAUCUUAUCAAGUGACGGCCAACAAGAAUGAUCUCAAUCUCUCAUCGCAGAUUGUCAAGGCUUGCGAUUCUGCUUCUCUUGGUUCUAGGGAUGCAACUUUUAUUUGUGGACGUGCUGGAGUAUGCGCCCUUGGAGCUGUGGUGGCAAAGCACGUUGGUGAUGAGCAGUCCCUGAGGUAUUAUUUGGCUCAGUUUGAGAAGAUUAAGCUGCCAAACAAUCUUCCUGAUGAGUUGCUGUAUGGGAGAGUUGGUUUUCUCUGGGCAUGUUUGUUCUUAAACAAACACCUCGGGCAAGGGACAAUCCCUUCCACUUAUACUGCUACGGUUGUGGAUGAAAUUAUUAAAAGAGGAAGAGCAUUGGGUAGGAAAGGAAGAUGCCCAUUGAUGUUCGAAUGGUAUGGGGAAAAGUAUUGGGGUGCUGCACAUGGUUUGGCGGGGAUUAUGCAUGUCUUGAUGGAUAUGGAGUUGAAGCCGGAUGAACUUGAGGAUGUCAAGGGCACUCUUAAGUACAUGAUAAAUAAUCGCUUUGCGAGUGGAAACUACCCUGCUAGUGAAGAAGAUAAAAAACGUGACGUGCUUGUGCACUGGUGCCAUGGAGCUCCGGGAAUUGCCCUUACUCUCGUUAAAGCAGCCAAGGUUUUUGGAGAUAAAGAAUUUUUGGAUGCAGCUGUGAAUGCAGCAGAGGUGGUUUGGAAUCGAGGUCUGCUAAGACGAGUAGGGCUCUGCCAUGGCAUUAGUGGCAAUGCAUAUGUUUUCCUCUCACUCUACCAACUGACCGGAAAUGUAGAGUAUUUAUACAGGGGUAAAGCCUUUGCUUGCUUUUUACUUGACAGAGCUCACAGGCUCAUCUCACAAGGCGAAAUGCAUGGAGGUGAUAGGCCAUACUCGUUGUUCGAGGGGCUUGGAGGUAUGGCAUAUCUCUUUCUAGAUAUGGUUGAUCCUCGCCAAGCUAAAUUUCCAGCUUAUGACCUCUGAGAAUCCGAUAUCGUACAUAGUAUGGGAGCGUGGACUUGCAUGUGACUGUUGUAUAUACCGAGAAACGCAAGUGAUAAUAAAACUGAGAGCCUUGGGUAGGUGAAACUUCCUAUGAAGAGAUACGAGCAUAUUAGCGCUUUCUGAUUUUUUUUUUUUGGUUUUUUUUUUUUUUGGGGCCUGCUUAUGAGACCUAGGCAACUCCGUUAGGCACAAGCUUACAUAAACUGAAGAUUGUUACUUUUCACGUAGUA